UUAAAUAAAAAAUAAAAAAUAUAAAUAUAAAUACGUAUGAACAUGAAUGAAUGAAUGAUAGCCAACCCAGUCGCCGGAGAUACACACAUCUAACCAACAACUCCUGCCGACAAUCGGAUGCAUCAACCAUUUCUUCAACAAGGGAUAGGAAUGGAAGAAACGGAGGAUGCACCGCCUAAAUCAAUUCAUGACAAAAUAACCGAUUGCAAGAAUAUGGUUUUUGAGGCAUACAAGAGUAAGCCUAUAUCACAUUGGGUUCUUUUACUUCUAAGUAGCGCAGGGAUGCUUAUAGCUUUCCCUGCUUCUAGUCUUCUUUCAAGGCUCUACUUUUCGAACGGUGGCAAAAGUAAAUGGAUCAUUUCAUGGGUAUCGGUUGCAGGGUGGCCUAUCCCUCUUCUCAUCUUACUUCCUAUGUAUUUCUUCACCAAAGCCACCCCGACUCCUUUAAACCUAAAACUCGCUUUAUCUUAUAUCGGUUUGGGGUUCUUAAGUGCUGCUGAUAAUCUUAUGUAUGCAUAUGCCUAUGCGUAUCUCCCAGCAUCGACUGCAUCCCUUUUAGCCUCUACUGUCCUCAUCUUUUCUGCAAUUUUCGGGUAUUUACUAGUCAAAAACAAAAUCAAUCUCUCGACUAUAAACUCCAUUGUGGUUAUUACAGCAGCCAUGGUUAUCAUUGCUUUGGACUCAGAUUCUGAUAGAUUUGACUAUAUAACCGACACCCAAUAUGCACUUGGUUUUAUGUGGGAUAUUUUAGGAUCGGCUCUUCAUGGUCUAAUCUUUGCUCUUUCAGAACUUGUUUUUAUAAAACUACUAGAAGGAAAAGCAUUUCAUGUGGUCUUGGAGCAACAAAUAGCAGUUUCCUUUCUUGCCUUUGUCUUUACAACGAUUGGAGUUGUGGUAAAUAAUGAUUUUCAGGGGAUGAAUUCUGAAGCAAAAAGUUUUAUAGGUGGGCAAGGUGAUUACUAUAUGGUUAUAAUCUGGGGUAUUGUAACUUUCCAGUUGGGUGUUUUGGGUUCAACUGCUGUGUUAUAUCUAUCGUCCACUGUGUUGGCCGGUGUCCUUAACUCAAUAAGGGUGCCUAUCACUAGCAUUGCUGCGGUUAUACUUAUGCAUGAUCCUAUGAGUGGUUUCAAGAUUUUAUCGCUCAUUGUUACCUUUUGGGGGUUUGCGUGCUAUAUAUUUGCUAGUUACCCUGUAAGUCCUGUUUCGAUAGCAUCUUCUAGUUGUUAGUCUUUUUACCGUCAAGUCUCUGCAACCAAAGGGUUGGGGCUGUCAUUCUUUGGAAAGAUCCUUGUAAAAUUCUGUCGUCAAGCAGAAAGUUCUUACUGUAAGGUUUGUAUGUUCUCACCCUUUCUCAUUCUAUGUAUAUCAGAAUGGAUAUGAACAUUCUACAUUAUCAUAUAUAGGUUUGUAUGUUUAUAUACAUAUUAAAUAUAGAUCUGAACAUCUUAUACUGCA